GAUUAGAUUCAGUAAAAUGCCAUCAAUAUUAACUACUAGAAUCUCCAGAAAAGUUGUAAGAGUAGUGUUAUCAGUAAACGAGAAGUGACAACCAGCGGCCGUAGCAGGAAGUGAAAAUGGUUGAUUGAACAGUACCAAAUAGUAUAACUCUCAGAAAACAGUAAGGAAAUGAGAUAAAGUGUAUGGAAGUAUAUCAAACUUGGAAUCUUACUGUGGAUUGAUAGUUGUGUGUUACUUCAAUUGAAUUUUAACAAAAGCUCAGUGAUAGGCUAAAAAGAAUGAAAUGGGGGCAUUCAUAGUUCAGAAGAAUUAAUAAAUUACUGAUGUGCAAAAUCAAUCAACUUGACAACCUCUAUGAUUUGUACUUUGGAAUAAUCGCAUGACACGCAGUUGACGCAAAAUUGAAGUGUCUAUUUGAUGGCAACCAGCAGACGCGUUGAUUCAGUCGAAACACAUUUGCGUUCUCAAGAACAUACAUCAUCAUAUCAUGCUACAAUUCACUUUAAACUCACUCAUAUAAUAAUGAAUUCUGUGUAAGCCUUCGCGACUCGUCCCAAUAUGUGCCGAGAGCCCAAUGAAAAAUCUCAGCCCAUGGAGACUGCAGAGACGUUCCAAUCAGAGCAGAGAGAUGCAGUGAUUCAUGAAUGAUGAACAAAGUGGGCGGGAGCAACAACGACUGUUGAGCCGCUCAUGGGCAGGCUGCUGGAAUUGUGACAGGCCGGGUGACAAAUGGGUCGGAGACAAAGCCAGGGGAAAAGAGCCAAUGACUGAGAGGAGACCGUUCUCAGCCAUGAGGCUUUGCAAGGAGCGGCGGCCGGUGCUGCAUGAGAGCUCAGAGGCGGAGUGAACGCAAAGGGAGGGAGGAAGCGGAGGAGAGGAUAUAGGUGGGGCAGCGAAAGGAAGCGAGAGCAUCUAUUGACUUGCGUGAUUGCGACACCACAUAAGCAGGCCUAAGCAUACAGCUUCUUGAACCUACGGUGGCUUCUACCACAGGUGAUCAUGUUAUUGUUUCCGUUCACAUGGAAAAAUGGAAACUGGGUCAGCUGCAGAGCCAUGGCCAACAUCACAACAACGAACGCCACCAACAAUCUGCCCUGGUACCCAGAAUCCGUUCCUCUCUCCCAGGUGCCCCUGCACCAAGGCUGGAAUGUGGCCUGCUUCGUUAUCAUACUGCUGUUCAUCCUCACCGUGCUCUCUCUGACGGCCUUGGCCCUGCUCUAUGAGCUCCUGGACUGCGGCUGCUUUGCCAAAGAAAAAACGCAGCAGCAACAAGAACAACAAGAACAACAACAAGAACAACAGCAACUCCAGAUGGUGGAGUCAGGCAACUGCAGCAAUCUGGUGACCGACAUUUCCAUUGAAUCUGAACCUCACACGGAGGUGGUAUAGAAGCGGAGCGGGAAAAGCAUUUAGGGCUUCAAAAACUCAAGAACCAGUCAAGAUCAAUUCAAUGGACAAUAAAAAGAUAAAUGCAACUCUUCACUGACAAGUUGUCUAGAUUCCUUUUACACACACCUUAGUACGAAAACAAAAGCAAAAACACACUGUAAAUUCAUGACAUUCACAUUGCUGUUAACUCUCUCACACGUUUCAGUUCACUAGCUAUGGAUGAAUCCAAUCAUAAUAAACCGGCAAGUCUUACUACAAACAGCUAAUCAGUGGAAUGUUGCUUACCUGUUAAGUUUUGGUUAAAAAAACUUGGCAUACUAG